AUGAUGGACCAGACGCAGUGCGUUCCUAAUGACUUUUCAAGAUGUGGUCCUUUUGAAGAAGACAAGGGUGAAUUUGCCUCUAAUUCAUUUGGUGCGGGUGGUCUCAUCCUCCCUCGGCCACAGGUACCUUUGCGAGUAUACACUCCCUUCUUUGCCACAGUCCCGUUCCCUAGCGUACUUAAUGGCUCUCAUGUAGAGUAUUUUUUGGUGGCUCUCAAACAGCUUUCACACCUGGUGCAUGAGGUGGCGGUAGGCUUAUUGCCCGGUAAGGACGAUGUGUGCGACGUCAAAAGGACUUUCCUCAUUUUCCAUAUUAGCCAUUUUGUUGAUGUUAGCUUUGCGGACACGGUCUUUAUGGAGUCACUGACUCCUGUGAGACCCGAUGAUACCGCCAUUUCAGAGUAUAUUGGGCUUAUUCAAUGGUUGGGGGAUCGGUUUGUGACACGGUGGAGGGAAGCAACAGAACAAAAGACGCUAUGCUCAUCGAUGAGCGCAUCCAAUUCCUUUCGAAGGUUGUGGAUCGCGGUAAAGAACACGGCUGACGCCAUCAGUUCACAUACAGUGCUACAAGGAGAAAUAUUUGAUCGUAUUUGUAUCCGCCUACCCAAGCGACGACUAUUAGAGUUCUACAUAACGGAAGGGAACAUUCCGUCAUGUUUUUGUAUUGGUUGCCUUGUGUGGAGUUCUCUGACCGCUUUUGCGUUUGUUAUCUUGGUGUGGAUGGCACGGGGUUCCUUCUCGCAGUGGUGCUCUUUGGCAAUCACGAUCUUGACAGUAAUAAACUUUUCUGGAUUCCUAUGUUUUCUUUACGCACUCGUAUUACGGCAAUCCCGGUUGCAAUGGCUUUCUGAGCUGCUUGCGGAGAAUCACCUUGCGGGGUCUAUCGCGUCUCAAUCGACGCGCACAAGUUCUCGGGUGGGAAAAGAUGUUGUGUUCACCAUCCGGAGUAAAGAAGAUGUCGCAUUUACGCUAGCGAUAAAGUCAUGUGUGUUGAACCGGCAGAUUAUCUUGAUUGGCAUCGUGAACACAAAGUCACUGGUGAUUUGUAGCUGGAAUCGUGCUGCCCACAUGGCCACAGGCAUUGCACCAGAGCAGGUGAUAGGAAAAUCACUUGAGGCUGUCAUGGAGGCCAAGAGUAUCGCGACAGCCCGUCGCUUGCUGAUGGAAUUAAGGGAUAAACCCCGGCAACAGCAGCGGUUGCUGCUAAACAACGCAAGGAAAAAUUUCCCUGUUACUAUUAAAGCGACUGCCACAAUUGCCCAUGUGGACGGAAUCCCUAUUGGCAUGUUUGCUGGAACAGUUGUUGAUGACGAACAGCAAGCAAUGAUGUCAUAUUUUUCACGUGUGGAUACGUACGCGGCACUUCGUGCCUUGAGAUACUCCGGAUGUGCUUCCUCCAUUCUUCACACAUUAGUGUUAAGUAAUGAAUGGGAUGCACUGAAGCGACGCACAACCAAUGCAAUGCGUAGUUGGUGUUUGGUUACCCUAGAGGAGUUUUUAAGGCCCUUGAAGGAAAUUCCCGAGUCAUCUCUUAAAAUGCAUGUAUCCGAAAGUACCCCAAAACAGUUUCAAUGCGAUUACAAUGGCAUCAAAGAAUUUCUCGCAAAAUUAAAACAAUGGUUUUUUCCCGAAGACGAUAGUUGCCUGGAACUCAUGGUGGCCUGUGUGACGUGUGGAAUAGAGGGCUAUUUGGCUCUUCAGUUUGAUGUCACGGUGCCGGACGAUUCAAUUGUAUCGCUUAGGCUUAAAGAUGAGACGUUGGAGCUUCUCAGCCUUAUUGGUUGUCUUACCCUAAAUUCCAGUACUCAUUUUCAAUUUUUUAUCCCCAUUGCUCUUAGGCCAUUUGAUAUGACAUUGGAUAGCGAGGGCCGCAAUGGGCAUUCUGGUAAGCACCCUUUUAUGUGUACAUUUCUUCUGCAUGAACCUGUUGUUGCUUACAGGCGUCACUUCUAUGGGAUAUGCGACGAAUCACGGCACCGAAUUUUCCCCGUCAGCUCUCUUUCGUCUCUCAAAAAUUUGUUGAGUAAUUUUUUAAAUGAAGUCACGGCGGUGAUUUUAAGUGCCGCAUCGCCUGAUUUUGGAUCGAUGUUGAGUUACUGUCGAGAGAAGGGUCAAUUUGUGUUGGUGGUUCGAGAGGGCUCUGAAAGGAGCAACGAUGGUACUCCUGAUCCAAGCGCUGACGGUCCUCCAAGUGAUGUGGUGAAGGAUGGGGAUUAUAUUUUACACAGGCCCCUUUGUGAAGAAAGAUGGGGGUAUUUUUUGGAAUAUUUGUACGAUACCAGAAAUCCGGAAUGUAAUGUGGUCCCACACGCUCCAAUGGAGUUGACUGUGAUUCGACAAAUCGGUAGGGGUUCAUGCAGUUUUGUGGAUCUUGUACAAGACAAGCUUACCGGGGGUUAUAUGGCGUGUAAGACGGUCUUCAUUAGCCACGAACGGACCCUGGAUGCCCUACGGGAGGAGGUGGAUAUUAUGCGCCAGUGCUCCAGUCCUUUUAUUGUGAAGUGCAUUGUUGCCUCGCAUUCGCCGUCUACCGCGGAGUUUCGUAUGAUUUUACAGUUUUGCCCCGAUUCCCUGGAGCGACAUGCUCGAAGAAAAAGAAUCAAAUUAUCGCAAUUGCCACUGUACGCCUUUCAGUUACUCAGCGCGGUCCAACAUUUGCACGAGAACGGAAUUGCCCACCGUGACAUUAAACCUGCAAAUAUUUUGAUGAUGAAUGAAAAACAUUUGAAAUUGGCAGAUUUUGGCUCCGCACAAAGAAAAAAAUUAAAGGAGGGUAGCGUGUAUGGCGUAACCGCACAGUUUAUGGCACCCGAGCGACUUCUUUUUCUACCGGAGGAAGAAGAAAUUGUCUGGCGAGAAACCCCAAUGGAUGGACUUUUUGCCGAAGAUAUUUGGUCUGUUGGGUUAACGUUACUAGACAUUAUUGGGAUUUAUCCUCUGGUGUUGAAAAGUCUAAAUAAUGUAAAAGACUUUUUGGGCUUUUACAUGCAACUGCGAGACAGUGGUGACGAGCUCCCAUUUGAACUUCCCAAAGAAGAUUCAACCGAUUCGCAUGAGAGGCUGUGUGCCUUCUAUGAUUUUAUUAGGGGUAUGCUCCAGUUGCAGCCAAAAAGGCGUCCACGUGCCAGUGAACUCCUCCAGCAUUUAUUUUUGAGGGGCGCCAAAAAUGAGUGUGACUUUAAUGGAGAACUUGUGGUGCCAGGAUCAAACCUGUGGCUAGAUCCUGUGUCAUGGUCGAGUCAUCACUUGAACGAUAGUCUCCUUCCAUCGCAGCAUUCUUUUUUCACGGCAUCUGCUUCAGAUGAAGAACCGGAGGACGGCUUUUCAGAGGAGGCUUUCAGGUCUGUCGUCAAUUUAGAUGGCGUUUGCUUGUGA